GAAGUUGUCGAUUCCUACCAUUGAAUGCCAUCACUAACCUCUAUCAAUUAAUCAUGGAGAGUGGAGUCUUAAAUUCACUUCAUCGGUUACAAAACAACAGGAGGCAGCUUGGAAUCGCUACGAAAGAGACGACGGUGCAAAGGGUUUUGGUGGUGGGUUUGGUAGCCUAUUUUUGAUGAACCAUUAAAAAAUUAAAAUUAAAGUUUAAUGUUACUAAUCUCGCUCCUGGCCGGACCAAAUAAAAUGGAAAACUAAUGGACCAUUGAAAUACUGCAGUCACCAGUGGCCCAGCCCAAGUAAACGAUAUAAAUAGUUUGGAAAAGUAGGUGUCACGUGGCGCAAAACGCCCUCCUCUACCUGAUGACGUGGACGCUUGUGGAAAAACCAAAGUCUAUUUUAUUUAUUAAGAUAAAUGGAAAGACGAAGAAGUAAUACUUAAAUUAAAUAUCAUAAAAGAAAACGUAAUUCCAAACAUACAUGGGUACACGUUGAAAGAAUGUAACAUAGAGCUGUUCUUUUUUUUGUCAUCCGUUCGACAUGGACACACAUCAGACACGUUAGAUGAAGGGUAUAUUAUUGUGAGACCAUUCAGAGUCUUGAGAGACCAAACUAAAAUCUCGUUUUAGUCUCGACAUGGCUUGCCAAAAGGCUCAUUUUAAGAAUCAAAUUCUCGAACUGUAUAAUAAAAUCUCCAAUCUUAAGAGUCUUAAACCUUCCAAAAAUGUCGACACUUUGUUCCAAGAGCUCAUGUCCACAUGCUUACCCACGGAGACAAAUAUCGACGUCGAAAAGUUGUGCCCAAAAGUGCAAGACAUCAGAACCAAUCUCAUCAAGCUACGCAGUGAAGCUAUAGGGUAUUCAGAGCAACACUUUUCUACAGUCCUGGGAUCUCUCGAAGACAACCCACUUCACCAUUUAGAUCUCUACCCUUACUACACUAACUACCUCAAACUGAGCAAAGUUGAGUUUGAUCUCCUCAUGCUACGCACGAGCCAUGUCCCAACCAAGAUUGCGUUCGUGGGCUCCGGUUCGUUGCCCUUCACAUCCAUCAUCUUAGCUAAGUUCCACCUCCCAAACACGACGUUCCACAACUUCGACAUCGACCCUCAAGCUAAUUCCCUCGCCUCCAAACUUGUCUCGCGCGAUCCUGAUCUUUCCAGUCGCAUAAUCUUCCACACAGUAGAUAUACUCAACGCCACAGAGAUUCUACGUGACUACGAGGUCGUUUUCUUGGCAUCUCUUGUUGGGGUUGAUAAAGAAGCAAAAGUCAAAGUCAUUGAACACUUGGGGAAACACAUGGCUCCUGGUGCUCUUCUCAUGCUUAGAAGUGCUAAAGGCCUUAGAGCUUUCCUAUAUAUAGACGUUGAUCCUUGUGAUCUAAGAGGUUUCGAGGUCUUGGAGACUUAUCACCCGUCUUUGUCAGAUGGGUUUGUGAACUCGGUAAUGGUCGCACGCAAACUCAGUGAUUGAUUUAUUACAAACGGUGUAUAUUGGAACUUGAUCGGUACUAAACUUUUUUAUUUAUUAUAAAUGUUUGUUAAUAAAGUAUACGUAACCACGUAUCUUUUUCUAAACACCAUUAGUGUGAAUGUGUUGUUAGAGUGGUUUGUAUCUUAAUUUUUUGAUAUGUUUGUUAGAGUGGUUUGUAUCUUAAUUUUUUGAUAUGUUUGAAAUAUAUUGAGAGGAUACGUAGCGGUGUUUCUACAAACUAUGCAUACUUAAUUUUGUGAUAUUUUGCAAAUCCCCCAUGAAUUUGAGGAUCAAAUUAAAUGUGUAUAUCAUAUUUAAAUCAAAUAAUCAAAAUAGUACAAGUAUGGCAACAUCUUGACAAAAAAAACACCAGGAAAUGGAAUCAUCUUGCUGGCUCGACCCAACCAAUUAACAACAGAAUCCAAGUUGGUGCAUGAUUAUGAAUAUUCCGAUGAUUCAAAAUUUGUCUGUAUACACUUUAGCUAAAUAAGAAACUAAAGGCAUUCCACGUUUGCGGUGCCACAUAUUGCAAAAAGCAUAAUUAUAUGGUAAGGUUCUAAUUUUUUUUUUUAAAUAACGUACUAUCAAUUAGUUACGGUUACGAGUAUAUGGAAUCAACUCAACUAACUAACAUAAUAUCAUCUAUAUUUUUAUACAGGAACAGUUGUAUAUAUGAUUUAGCUUUAAGAAACCAUACAAAACCAUAAAUAUUUGUUAUUAGAAAUGAAAAUAUUCAACUGAUAAAUUCAAUCCACAUACAUUUCUACACCAUUCGUAACUCAUUUCACUCAAGUGUUGGGUGAGACGAUAGUAGAGUUGGCUGUUAGGUUUUAAUAAAUUAGGUCAAGACUGUAGAAGCUUAUUGUUAAAGGCAGAUGCUAAUCUACCGCAUGCGACUCACUUCCAUAGUUCAGAAUUGUGAAAUUUUCUAAUCAUCUAUUUAUCUUUCUCUCCAUAGCUGUCUUUUUCAAUUUCUUGACUAAACCUUGUUUCUAGCUGAUUAUAUAAUGUCUCUUUGUCUUAUAUUCUGCUUGACUGUUUCCAUAUUUUUUUUUAGUAAGUUAUGUUAAAACAUAAAACAAUAUCCAUAUUCAAUAGAAUAGAGAGAGAAAGAACAUAGUACCUACCCCAUAUAAAAUCCACAAUGCUCGACUAUAAACAAUUUGGUGCCAAUACAAUUACAGGCCACAAAGCAAAAGAAAAAGAAUGAUCAGGAAUCCAAAAUAACUUUAAAACAGAAACAAUGGAGCAUAUACUACUAUAUAGCAAUGAAGCAUGAAAAGCAUUAUGUAAACCAUCAGGAGUCCAUGAUAAUGAAUAUUCCAACGAACAUUCUGAUAAUUAAAAACAAAAAGAUGAUGAAGAUUCUGAUGAUUCCAUAUUGUGCGAGGAGUUAUUGGUAAAUGAAGAGAUUAAGAAAUUCUCGUUUGGCUUGCUUUUAAAACGCAGCGUUUGAUGAAUUCUUGUAAACAAAGAGAAAUAAUUACAGUACCGAACCGAUUAAAGAAAAACAAACCGGAAAUAGGAAGCGGGGCCCAGGUCAAGUAAAGGUUGGUAGCCUCAGAAAUGAUUAAAGAGGAAUCCAGCUGGAUCCAGACCUUCUGAGUCAGUAAGAAGCUUCUUGUAAGAAGAGUGACAAGGGAGGGCGGUAAUAAAAAGGAGAAUAAGAAAGAAAAAAAAAAACUUGCAUCGUUGCGUUUAAGGGUAAAAAGUAGCUUUAAAUCAUCAUUUCUCUCUCGAGAGAGAGAGUCCCACACAGCUAGUAGAGGUAUAUAGGCCCAAAACCACCGACGUGUGCAGUAGAUUUGAGACUCUUUGUGUGUGCCAGAUUCACUCACUCUUCUCCGCCGCCUCAAGUCCUCCUCGGUCUCCGUCUAUACUCUUAGAGAUCCUCAGUUGUAUCUUUAGGCAUAGAUAAGUCGGUGAAGUAGUAGCUGAUGAUGAUGAUGACUUCACUCGGUGGUGGUGGAGGCGGAGGAGGUGGUGGUGUUGGACCGGUUGGUGGAGGAGGAGGAGGGAGAUAUAUGCCGUAUCCACCGCCUCUCUCCGUGCCUCCGUCGGCUCCUCAGUCACCUAACUUCUCUGGUGGUAUCCGAUCACAGCCUUCUUUCCUCGUUGAGCAGGAGAAGUAUCUUUCUGAAUUACUAGCAGAGCGUCACAAGCUUACUCCCUUCUUGCCUGUGCUUCCACAUGUCUGCCGUCUGAUGAACCAA